UAUGGCGGUUGUUUUUGUGCAUGCCUGGAGAGGUUAACAGCGAUUAAAGACGUUAGAAAAAGCUUAAAAUCUCAGAAAAUAGCCUUUUGAACAACAAAAGCCUUAAAAGAUGGCCAAUGAAGAAGAUGCCGCAAGUAUCAGACCGCCAGAACCGGUUACAAUUGUCGUGGUUCGAUGCAAAAAUCUGGUAAGCGUACGUACAUGUAAGCCUGUUUGUAUUUCUUAACGAAUCUCCAGUUCAUUAAAUUGUAUUAAAUGAAGAAAUUUCUAAAAACCAAGAAUUUUCCAUAACGUAGACUUUUUAAGGGAAAAUUUGUUUGCAAAUGUGGUUAUAUUCUUUCAUGUGUUCAUUGAUAUCAAUUGUUUCAGACGUCGGACAUCUGUAAGCUUUGCAAUUAAGGGGUCUUGGUUAAUUCGAGACACAACAUAAAAACCCAAUCAGCGUUUUGAAACUGAGUCUUGUAUGCUUUCCAGCAGGACAUCCUACAAUUUCAACCUCUUUCAGUUUGGAAAUAAAGAGAAAAAAAAAAGAGAAAAGUCGUCAUCUUAAACUACAAAAUACAGGGCCGUGCACUUACAGUAUUUACUUCUUAUUGAAUCACCAUACAUCAUUUUGAGUUCUUCCUUGUUCUUCAAAGCAUACCAAAAAGGUGGUCUGUAUUGUGUAGUUGCCCUCAUUACAAAAAAGGUCAAAAAUUGAUUUCUUAAUUUUUCUUGAGAGGCCAGCAAAACCUAAUAGUGGCACAAACAUGUUUGGGAGACUUCUCGGAAAGGCUGAUGAUAUUUGGAGAUCAGAUUCCAUUUCCCACUCCUAGCUCUCCUUGACAAUGAAACACCUCAGAAGGUUUCAGUCAUUGGCCCUGAACAGUGACAGAACCUUAGACUAUUUGAUCCAAAAUCUGUGCAGCAUCCAUCUGCAAAUUGUCUCUCCUCAUUACCUAAAACCAUUUAUAUGAUAAGCUUAACCCUUUAACUCCCAGAUCAAAUUUGUAAUUCUCCUUACUGUCAACUAUACAUUCUUAUGAUGUUAGUUGGGAGAAUUUAGUAUUGGAUCAACUUACCCCCAAAUUGAUAUUUUCUUUAUUCUCAUCACUUAUCUGGUUGAUAUUGUAUUGAUAUUGUAAGGAGAUAUUCUGUCUUGGUCACCCAUGAGAGUUAAAUAUUAAUUAUACAUGCAUUUGAUUCAUUCUUACUUUUAAUACACAUCAAAAGAUGAUGUCACCCUAAAAAAAACAUUUGCCCUUUUCAUCAAGGAAAACAAAAAGGUUCUAGCUAUCUUGUUGUUGAUCUGUGUAGUAUUUGAUCACAAAUGAUGUCAGAAUGUGUAAGAAUAUCAAUGACACACUCUGCCACAUCUUGUGUGCCACUUUUCUGAUCAAUUAAUGAACAGAUGCAUGGCAAAAUGGUAUUAAUAUGUUUUUUAAUUAUUCAGCUUAAAAGUGUUUUUCUUCUCACUUUCUAGAAAGGGUCUAAAGGUGAUUCCUUGAAUUCCUUGGUGAGGCUUGAGUUUGGUGCUAAUCUGCUCGGAGAAUCUCCAAAAGUUGAAGCAAACACAGAGACCCAUAGCACAGAAUACAACUUUAAUGCAUCAUUUGACUGUACAUUUGAAGAUGCUACUUUUUUGGACUCUAUAGCAUAUAAGCCUGUGAUAGGUAGGUAUUGAUUUUCUAGUUUGACUUUCAUUAAUUAUACUGUACAGUGUACAUGUACAUAGCAUUACUGACUGUCUUGUUCAAAACUUGAAUUUCUUGAGUGGGAGUUUCUUCCUGUCUUCUAACAGGAGUGAAUGCCCCCUCAAAAAAUGCAAUUUUUGCUUGUUACCCUUGAAAGCUACUAAUGAUGUGUGCAAUUUUAAAUAUAAUUGCAACUGUAUGAUGUUGUUUACAUUAUUUUUUGAAGAUGGGUAAAGACAUCAUUAAAAAUUUACAUCAGUAUCAUCAUUAACCAUUUACAUCAGUAUUCGUAAAUUAUUCUCCAUUCUCCUCUACCCUUCCUCUGGCACUGACAAGGCAGUGCUUUCAAUAAGAUUUGAAGUAGGUGGUGAAUGAACUUGCUGGUGAAUUGAACUUGCUGGUGAAUGUAUGUAAAACAAUUUCCCUUUUGUCAGCCCAUUAGUGCAAUUUAGAAUAAACUGGCUUCAAACAGACCUUUCUGUGUUUAACUUCAGCAAAUGAUCAUGAAGUAUUAGCUUCCUUUGUAACAGUUGUUUAAUUGAUUGUUUUAUUUCUACAGUAAUCAAAAUCUUCCAUUUGCUGGCAAUGUAAACUUGCUCCCUGAGUUUCACACAAAAGUCCUCUGAAAGGACAAAUAGUUACUGGUUAUUGCAAUUUGAGUUAGUAUUUUCAUAAGUAACUGCCUAUGUCAUACUUCUACUUCAUGUAUGAUGAAUUUAUGUGGCUAGAACACACAAAACAAGCGGAUAAAGAAGACCACCACUUUAAAGAAUGAAUGAAUCAAAGACUGCAGAAUUUCAAAAAUAAAUAAGUUGAAUACUCCAAUACCAAAUUGUGUUAUACAUGUAAUCUUUUACAGCAUGUCGUUUAUUUAUUUUUUUUUUUGUUCAAUAAUUUUGAUUGGGACCCUGCAGAGUAUACCCAACAAUUCACAACAGAGUAGUCCUGCCAGAGUUCUGGCAGGUGCCUGGUCUUAUUGAAAGCGCUGAAAACAAGAAUUUGUCUAGCAAUCAAAAGCCCUUGGGUUGCAAUCCAAUCAUUUUCUUAACAUGUAGAUUCUGGUCACUUCUAGUUUAUACAGGGUUAAUACAGUUGCAAAAUAAUGAAAUAAAAAGUUUCAAUUGAAGGGAAGCUGGGAGGGUGCCAUCAAAGCAAUUGUGUGUGGGGGGAAGUCACUAGUUAUUGAGACUGCCCUGUUUUUAAAGUGCUGAUAUAAGUACAUAGUCCUAAAAUAUCUUACAAAUAUAAUUUUUGAAUUUCAAAAUAUAUUUUUUUUUUGUUUUUCAGUUACUGUUGUUGAGGUUCUUCCUAAAGACAAGAAGGGAAAGGAAGAAAAAAUAAAUAUUUUGGGCCAAUCCUGUAUUGAUUUGCUGCCACUUCUUCAUGGUGAGGCACAUAAUACUUGUAGAUACUUGUACACUUAAACCAUGGUUAUAUUUUUGUUACACUGUUAUCAUUUUGGCAUUGUAGAUGCUGUAAAAAGUCAUUUUAACAACAUCAUAAUUAUAUAAUUAGUAAUUUGUACAUAUAGCCUUGUAUUUUUAUGAAGAUCCUCAUUUUGUAGGAUUUAAUCUUAAAAGAAAGGUACCUCUACCUGCACCUGCUGCAUGAUGGUUUUUCAUGAAAUUUAUACUUUCUCAAAAAUAAGUAAUUUUUUCUUCACUUGGGAAUUUUUAAGAACACUUGAGAAGUGCGAAGAAGCAAUUGCUUUUGGUUCCUUCUUCUUGGCACUUCUCUUGUGUUCUUUGAAAUGAUUUGCAGAAUUUCAUAAUCAAACAAGACCAAAAUUGCAUAACACAAAGUUCAAUUACUGCUUUAUUACAUCUAUUUUGAAAUUGCAAAUUUCAUUUAUUCACAUACAGGUUUUUUCAGUCUUUACAAAUAUUUUGUUGAUCCAGUACUGAGCUAGUUUUAUGAAAAGUUGCAAAAGUUGUCUUUCAUUUUCCUGCAAUUUGAUUGGUUCCUUUAAACAAGUCUUGAUAUCUGAUUGGUUGUUGUGUUUUAGUAAAGCUGUCUCAUAAGCUUGCACUGAUGAGAGAGAUUGCAAGGAUCACACAUGAUUUCAAAAUGAAUGUAAAAGACUCAGAGUUGCUGUUAUACAUGUCCUUUUAACCAUUUAAACCCUAACUUUUCCCUACAAUAUCACCCCUGAAUCACGCAUUGGGUCAUGAGAAUAAAGGAAAUGGUCACCAACAAGAGAAGCAUUUGAUUGGUAAACAAAUUCUCCUUGUCAGCACCUUAGGAAAUGUAUAAAGAACAGUAUGGAGAAUAAGUAUAUUGAUGUUAGGGUGUAAAGGGUUAAAUAAACAUUGAUCUCACGCAACCAAUUAUGGAUAACAGAAUGUGUUGAAUUUAAGGGAUAUUUCUCUAUUCACAUUUAGAUUUAGCUAUAGUUAUGUUUUUAUAUUAAUAACUUUAUAAUACUGCAUUUUCCCAUCUGGUUAAAGGGGAAACUAAAUUCAGUGUUAUGCAGUAUGUUCAUCCUGUCACUGUUCCAACUGAACCAGCCACAACUGAAAAUAUUUUGGUAAGAAAAAUCCUAAUUUAUUUUUUCCUUUUCUUUUCUUCCCUCGAUAAUGUUAUGCUUUCAUAAGGGACUUAUACUGAUUUCUUGAUUUGAUCUGUUAUUCUUUGACUUAAUAUAUAAAUGAUUUUAUGUUUACCAGUCUAAUUGUUGUGAUGAGAAUAAGUCAGGCAAUGAUAAAAUAUGAAAUAACCACAUUGAUACUGCCACAUUAUUCUUCUGUUUGUGACAUAUCGUUUACCAUACAUAAUGAAACCAAGUCUAUAAUUAUACACACAUACUAUGAUGAUUGUAUACGCUUAACUGAAAUAGAUCCUUGUAUUAGUGAAACUCUCCCAGUUAUCAUUCUUAAUGUAACAGUUACUGUAUAUUAACAAGUAUAAUUAAUAAUAAUAAUGUUAUUAUUAUAUUUUUAUUAUAAUCUAUUAUAUAACAGUAUACUAUUACUUAUUAAUGAUUAUUUAUUGAGUUUUAAAAUUGUUAUGUUUGCUCAUUCUCUCUUUUUUUUUUUAGCCUGAAAUUGAAGUGCAAGUUUCUGUGGCACAACCUCUUCUUACAGAAACACAGCUCCAUAACAGGUUUGAACAGGCUCUCAAAUAUUGAUUACAAGACUAACUCUAAAUCAUUAUAAGUAUCAAUAAAUUUUGUUUUCAGAAGAUAUCAAUGGCUGUAACUACAUGCAUGGGACAGCAUGUUACCAGCACAAUUGGUAACAAUCUAGGAAGUACAUGUAUGUGCAGGCACAUGUAUGCAGUUUUCAUGAUGGUGUGGAUGUGCUGCUGAAUUCCCUUCCUUAAUGCUACUGUUGCUUCCUGAAACAGGAAGCACUCCAGCAUUCCUCCCCAAAUAUUCCACUCUAUGGUUUUCAGUAACAUUUUCGAUAUUAAGCAGCUGUUGGUGGUACAGUCUGUGACUGUGGUGUAAGGCAGAAUUUAAACAAAGGAGUGUACUCACUGCAAGGCUAACAGACAGUGACAAGGGAUGCAGUAUUAUAGGUGGCAAAACAGUGCUAGAAACCAGUUUUUAUAUAAACUCCCUGCAAAUCCCACCAAGCUUUUACAAUAGGCUGUCAAAAACAUACAAGCAAACUUUUCAUAUCAACAUUACCCUGCAUCUGUGUGUAUGAAAUUCGUCUGUGCAGUUAACGUAUAAUUAUGCGAGCGGUACUGUACCAAGAUCCCAUUAGUAAUUCUCCUUACUUUCUGCCAAACAUUUCUCAUUAUGUUAGUCUGGAGAAUUUGGUAUCAGAUCAAUUAGUAAUCCCAUAGUUGAUAUUUUGUUCUCAUCACUUGUCUGCAUGAUAUUGUAUGGAUAUAGUAAGGAGAAAUUCUGUCUUGGUCACUCACAGGAGUUAAAGGGUAAAUUGUAACUACAAAUAUUUUUCAAUGUAACUUUUUGAAAAUUAGUCAUUGUAGAGAAUUCAAGCUAUCUAUUUUGAAUUAUUUGUCUUAUCUCCCUUUUUUUUUCAUUUUAAUUUUGUUUUGAUUAACAGCAAUUUAUUGAGUGUCCAUCUAGACAGUGCAUUCUCUGUACCAGACUCCUGGCAGAUUCAGAUGGCUCAGCAGUUUAACUACACUGCCAGCUUGCCUGUUCCAAUAUCCACUGAGGUGAGAAGUUCACAUCUAAAUGGAUGCUAAGUUAAGUUUAACAAAUGAGAUUUAUGUUUCUCCUCAAGAAUCUGGGUUUAUCAUCAGUGAUUACUUUGUAUACCAAGGAGGGAAGAGCCAGCAAUUGAAUGCAAAGCUGAUAUAUGUAGAUGCCCCCCCUCCUCCCCAAUGAAGAACAGUUUCACCCGAGGUACAGGGCGGAGGGAGGGGGGGCUGGGAGCAUAUCUUACAGAGUGGCUCAUCAGUUGUAAUGUACAUGUAUGUGCUACCAAAAGAGCAAGAUCUACUUUGAAAAAGACACUCGCAACUUCAAAGAAGUUUCGAAGACGAUUGGUUCUUUGUGGCUAAAAGACCGCUCAGCGCUAAUGCAAUUUAUCUUCUCUGGAGUGAAUAAUUACUUUUCUUAGUCUUCUGAUGGUAAAUGUAAUCGUUUCUCACAUGAAAUGGUUAAAAUCAUAUUAUCUAGAAACUUAGUACUUUAUUGAGGUAAUUUGGUAUUAUCAAAAGUGACACUCAUUAACAACUUUUGCAAUGUGCCUCUGUCUUCGUUGUAUCUUUGAAACAUCGAUUCAUAAUUGCUAGAUAGUUUGUGUAGGUAAGAACAUGAUUUCGGUUGCAAUUUAGUGUUAUGGGUACGAGUAAAUUUUUGUAAAGGCGAAAAAAUUGCACGAGCCCGUAGGGCUUGUAAAAUUUGUAAAGUUUACAAGUGCUUAUUUUCACCAAAUUGCACAAGAAAUCAUGUUGUUACUUCUUAAUAAUUUACAUGAAAAAAGCUUCACAGAAAGUCAAAACGGACGAAAUUUCGGUGAUACGCGCUAUUUGUAAUUUGCACUCGACUAACAACUUUGCACUCGUAGUACGUAAAAAAUGCAAUCGUUUUCGGCCAAUCAGACGCGCUUAAUUUUCUCAUGUUUAUUAUUAUUAUUAUUAUUUAUAUUCCCUACGUUACAGAAAGAAAGUACAAUAGUGUUAUCCAACGGACUGCUUCGUGCACCAGGCGAAAAGGUUAGACUGUUACCACUUGUUCUGUCAUAUGAAACAAGCACGUCAACCCACUGACUCCUGAGAGUGACUAGUAUCCAAUUUCUUCCGAAUCACACAUUAAGGUCACGAAAAUACAGAAAUGAUCACCAUUUCAAGCAGCCCAUGACUGUUAAACAAAUUUCUUCUUAUCAGCACCUUAGGAAAUUUAUGUGUAGAGAGUACUAUGUAGAAUAUUGCAUACUGAUGUUAGGGUGUAAAGCUCGCUGGUUAAUACGCAGGGAAUUUUCAGGUGUUUUGUUGACGGAGUGUUUUUUGUUUUGUUUUUUUUUCUGCAGACUUGCUGAAGAUUUCUCUUUUUUGCAUAUUAAUUUUUUUUUUUAACUUACUAGGAAACUACAAAUCAUCGGAAGUGGUCCGCUGCUCCGAGUGCCUCUGGCUCCUGUCUAUACAUUACUGACAGGUAAUAACUGCAAGUAGUUAAAGUGCAAUUUUCAAUCGCGUUUCGAUACUUAUUGGGUUUUGCUUUGCCAUGCUCUGUAAUUAGUCUACAAAAAUGGUGCCACCCUCUCCACCAAUCAGAAAUAAAACUGAAGCCGAUCAGUGUUUGGUCACGCGCGUUUUCCCGCGUUUUAUAGAAUCUGCUUCACUUUGACUUUGAGUUGAGCUUUGAGCUGUGAUGACGCAUGCUAAGAUUUGAAGCAGCUUUGUCGUGAUAAUUUGGGUCAGACAUGUAUUUAUCAGUUGCUAUUAACUUCAACUUUCCUCUCUAGUAACAUCGAAAUUUUGCCGUUCGAGGACGAAGAUGGUGAUCUCAGAGAUAGAGAAGAUAUCGUUUUUCGUCAGGAGGCUAUGAAUGAGAAAAAUCACGUCACGUGGAACACAGAAAGACGCUGUUUCUUAAAUGCAGAGGCCGCUGAAAGGUGAGAUCGUCCUUCACAAGGGCGUUGUAAAAGAAAAGCUCUUCGUGACUUUGCCUCGAACCAAGUGAGCUUCUGUAUUCCAGCAGUGCUGAGUUUCUUAUGUAUUCUUUAAUUGUACAUGUGAUAGCAACUCAGCCCCGCUGGAAUAUCGGGGGCUCAUAUGGGAUGAAGCAAUGUUACGUAGUUCUUUCCUCAGUAAAAGGAAAGGAAAUGCUUCCCAGGUCUAUGGGCGGAUGCGACGCAGUACCACAGUUUCUUCUUACCUCCUCUAUUCAUUUGUGUUGUUAGUUCAUGAACACACGUUCACUUAAUUUAGUGUACUCAUUUAUUUAUCAAUAUAUUCAUUUCCUUAGACUUAAUUUUUUUUAUCUUCUAGUUUGCAGAACAAGAUCGCGCAGAAUCGUUACUGGCCCUUGGAAAUAAUGAGGACCCCAAUACAACAAGCCACGAAGACAAAAGGAAAACAGGGCUCGUUAGAAGAAGAUAUUCCCAUAUCAUUCCACGGAGUAGCUUAUGUUAACAUGGCGCCCUUACUCUACCCUGGGGUGAAAAGGUUUGUUUCUUCGCAUUCCACUUCAGAGUCUCUUUUAAAGCAAGUUUCGUCUCACGAGCAGGGAUUCUUGUCUUUGGAUAAGCGAUUCGCAUAUGUGUGUCUCUUGAGAAACGAAACGCAUUGAUCGGAUUCUUGCAUUUAAGAGUCCUGUAAUAAACUAUAGUUAGUGGCAAAAGUAUUUGGCACGCCUUUCCUUAUAAGGAGACUUACCAUAAUAAACAUAAGUCUAGUAAUUCAUCUGUAAUAAGUCACUUGAAAGUCCUCCCUCCCCCUCCAAAAAAAAAAAAUGUUGCCCGAUGUAUGUGACCACUAUGUAGUACCAGGUAACAAUGAAAUGGGGAAGAGGGGGUAAUAACUUAAAAAUGAAAAACUAAAAAUGAGUUAAGCGUGCCAAGACUUUUGCCACUCACUGUACGUUUUACCUGUUAAUGUUCCCAUUGAGUUCGAUGAGAGGGGAUUCUGACACUUAGCAUUCUUCCCCUCGUCGUUUUAGCGACAUGUAACGCGUUGUUUCUUCACCCAGAAUAAGAGGAGCAUACCUUGUGAAGCCUUUCAUCGAGAAUGAAGUGUUUGAUAAAACCAAGCGCAAAGGUACACUGGCGGAAGAGGCUGCCAGAAUAGCCAGCGGAAUGAGCCGUACUCUCGCCUCAGCCAUGGCGCAGAAGGCCCCUCCACCCUCCAAACAAGGCAAAGCGGAUGCAAAAACAAAGGUACUAUUACUGUUGUGUCUUUAGAGCACAUUUCGAUUGGGUGUUAUAAAACUAAAUAACAGUAAAUUGUAUCAAAGAUAAAUGUCACAAAUAACCAAUGAGAACUAAAGCUGAAAACGUUUUCAUCUGAUUGGUGGAGAGGAUGGUGCGAGUUUUGUAAACCAAUCACAGAGCGAAGUAAUGCAAAACCAAUGCAUUCCCGAAUUACUUUUGACACUGAAAUGAAAUGAACCUCCCGAAGAAGAAUCAGAACCUUUGCUAAACCGAUGACUGUGGAUGAAAAUCUCCCAAUUUCACACGUUAUAACAGCAAAAGAAGUCAACAGCUUUUGUUAGGUAAUGUUGGCAAGUUUCGUCUACUCAAGGAUUGUUUCAACCGAGAAAAUGUAAUUUUGAACUUGGAAACAUACAGGCAGUAUAUGCAGUUUGGCUGAAAAUAUUUGCCAAAACUGUUGUCAAACAACUCUUUAAAUACGAACAGUAAGUUUGUCUUUUAUUCCCGUAAUUAGAGUUCAUGUAGCUGAUAUUUUUAGCGCGCAAUAUUUCGACCAAUUACUUUCUAGGUCUGGGGAUUGUCUUUCCUAACGACAAAUUUUUGUCUCCGCUCGCCAUUUUUGAGAAUGUUUGGUCUACCACGCUCUAGAUCUACGGGAAUGGCUGCAAAUUUACCCGUUUUGUCUGCAAACAUCUCAACUAAGACUUGAUGUUUCGUGAAAUUGCCAAAAAACCGAAAAUGAAGGGAAAUUUACUUAAUUUACGACUUCUUGAACUAUUUAGCCAUCAGGUGCUGUUCUCAAACCAGACGUUUUAGCAGAAGGAGAGGGUAACGAGGCCAAAAAUCUUGAAGGACAGGUGAGGCUUGAUAUGCAAUAAUGAGUGAACAUUUAUUUGUACAAGAAAUGUCUGUCGAUAAAGAAAUGCAGACUUCAAGUAGAGUUUACCACAAACAUUAAUCAAAAAGGUUACUAGGAUUUCUCCUUUUUUUCGGGUUCCAAGUCUGGGUUCCAAGAAGAACACGGACUUCUCGACCCUUCUGUUAAUCCUUUAACUCCCAGAUCAAAUUUGUAGUUCUCCUUACUGUCAACCAAACAAUUCUUAUAAUGCUAGUUCAGAGAAUUUAGGAUUGGAUCAACUAAUUAUCUCCAAAUUGAUAUUUUUCUUUAUUCUCAUCACUUAUCUGGUUGAUAUUGCAUUGAUAUUGUAAGGAGAAAUUCUGUCUUGAAUACAAAUUGAUAUGAGAGUAAAAACAAUAAAAACUUGCCUACGGCUCACAAUAAAUAUCUACAGGACAUCGCUAUGUAUGCUAGUGUGUAAGGUCAAGAACGGUCUUGGCGAAAGAAUUCAUUACCAGAAAUGGAUACAUAGUUGAGUCUUUUUAUUUACAGCAAUAUCUGGAGUCACGAACUUUUAUCACCUUGGAAUUUGUCCUCGACAAACCGCUUGUUCCAAAACGGCCGCCAUCUUCGCUUGCAAGAAAGUAAGUUAGCGAUACUGAAUGAUGCUAAAUACGUUGCGUUGUGCCUCCUCGACUUAGACUUGCAGUUUGACAUUUUUUGGCCUAAUUAGUUAGCAAUAUAUUUGAUCCUGUACAUAACCGAUAAGCAAAAUCUUUAAAAACUCAAAUUGUCUUAGAACCAAACUAAAUUGAAGACAAUGAAACCAGCUGACAAAACAAAACGAGCGUAUAAAAAGUGACAUGUAGACCGUUACAAGAGAAAACUUUUAGUUGCAACGUAACUGUGGUUUCCUAACUCAAUUUUGAGUAGUGGCAAGAGCUCCCAGAAAGCCUAUCCACGCCUGAACGAGGUUGUGCGCGAGCCUACGUUAAAAUCCUGUUGUGCGCGCUUAUGACAUCAGCAAACAAAUGCCUCGCGAUUCAAAAAUUUUCCUCUACGCUUGACUGCAAAGUUCCCGUUCAGCUUGUCCGCGAGUCUUGAGAUUUUCAAAAUUGUUUAAAGGUUCCAUCCCGACUGGGAUAGACCUAUAAGAGCUCUUAAUGAAGUGGAAAGGAAACGGACAUUUAAGCCUUCAAAGCGACGAAAAGAGCUUUCGAGUGAAUAAUGCUACAAUUCUCAAACGCGAUACGAAUGGCUGGAAAAUGAAAACUGAAUUUGCUGACAUCAUUGGGGCUUCGCCAGUUUUGCACCUCUCUUUGGCUCGAUAAGUAUUAUCUUUUGUGCAACUUCAUUUGUCUUAAAUCUGACAACUUUCAGAAUUUUCAACACAACGCUACACAAUUUCUUGGCCUUGAAGUCAGGUAAACAACGAUUCAAGCAUUGCGCGGGCCGCCUGUAUGCGAGCGAUUUUGACUUUUUCGCCUCCUAAUAACAAUUGAAGUAUUUCUUUGAAUAACGCUUUUACUUCGAAACAUUUCUUUGUCAUUUUUCCCCUAAUCAAGAAGCUAGAGCUGUCUCGGCUACGCCUCGAACAACACUUACGCCCCCUUUGUGCUCUCCAACCUUCCAGCGUGCUUCAUACCGCUGCAAACGCACGCUGGCGUAUGAACCAGUUAUUUACAAUAUUGUCAAUUUGACUUGUACUUUGUUCAUUUUUCCCCGCUUGUAGAGUUGCAGAAUAUAUUCCUCCACGUCCAGUUUUUGCCCGGAAAACAGGAGGCUCCAAAAAGGUAGCAUAUCAUGGAAUGCAUUUAGUUUUGCGAACACUGAAGUUGACAACGUUUUUUUCCACUCCUUAAGUGCCAUUUUUAAGAUUGUGUUUGUUUUGUCUUACUAAGUGGAAGAAGGGCAGCGAAUUCAGGGAUUUACAGGGAUAAGGAACGCAGCGCACUGGGGAAAUAAAAUUUGUUACGUUUUGAUUGCUUUAUAAUAAUUUAAUAGUUUUUUUACUUCGUAAACUUUGAUUAAAAAAUUUGUAAAACUAUCUGUUUUGUUACAGGCUGUGGAAGAUUUCCACAGUCAGUUGACCACUGUUGCAAAUUCCCUGCUCGAGGAAUUCAGGUUUGUAACUAUCGUUCUGAGGAAAGCAGCAGUACUCUUUUUUGGUUCUCGAUUAUUUGAUUCCUGUGCACGAGAUUCCCAAGUGGUUUCGAAUUUAAUCUGCUAUACGAAAAGUUACACAACCAAACCUUAACGGUAUCUUGCCUUUUAACCAAGUCUCACAAUAGAAAAUGGUUUUUCGUUACAAACUCGAGAAGUUUAAAGUUGCUAAUCAAGCACUAUCUCAUCGUCUUCGCUUGUAGCCAAUCACUCAACUUCCUAAAGACACCCAAAGCUUCGAAUAUGAUGAGCAAAUCAGAGGAUGAACGCGAAACUUUCGGCAUCUUACACUUCUUACAAUCAUCUUACGACCAAUUUUCUUCGGUAACAUCUUGUGUUUCUUGUUGCAGGCAAAUGUACGGCGAUGAUCUGUUGAAGGGAAGUCUACCGCAGUCAAAUGAUGCUAUGGACCAGAGGUGCAUAUUUUUGCUUUCGCACGCAAAAUAAGGAAGAAGGAAAAGGAGGCCUAAUAAUUAGCUCUGAAAAUCUCUCAUUUUAAGGUCUAAAAAUGAAAUAUUAUUGUAAUUGUUAUAAAUUAUAACAGUCAGAAAGAGAUUUUCCUCUCUUAAAAACCACAUGUAUUUUUAAUCGGUGUGAGUUUGGAGAAUUUGGUCGAUGCACGUCUACCUUAGUUGAAGAUUUUACUUUCGCCUUCCUCUCCUCUUAAAAUUUUUGUUUCAGGCAGACUGGUCAUGUUUAGCCUUGUUCUGAUGGGCCGUUUUCAGGUUGCAAGUACUUCGGUUCUGCAACAUCUAUUUUAGGGCAAUUCUCAAUUGAGUGUUAGGAGUAGUCCGGAAAUGCAUUGGCUUUUAUUUACUUCGACUGAUGAUUGGUCCGGAAAACUCGCGCGACUCUCUCGCCCAAUCACUACUUGAUCGCCCACGUUUUCCCGCGGUCAUAUUUUGAACUAGUGAAAGAAAUAACGUUGGUUCUUUUUUUUUGUAGGAGGCAGAAGUUUCUGUACGAACUAAAUACAUCCGGAAAAUAUUUCGCUUUUAAAGAACAGUUAAAGGUAGCACAAACGAUAUCGAUUGUACAGUACAUGCAAUAAGUUGACUAUACACUGCUUGAUUUAGUCUUGGCAUCUGUUUUGUUUUGUCUUUUGGUUACUUUUUCUAAUAUUGCCUUUUUCUUGAGGCUUAUCCAUCUAGUCAUGUCUUGUUAUAAGUAAAAUGGUUGAUGAUGGCUCCAGUCGCAGCUGUUAACAUAACUGUAGCUUUAAUUAGAAUACUUUGUUAAAUCUGAAGUAUUUAUGGAAGAAGAAGUAUGCACUAAAAACUGUAUGAAUUUUGCUUCCACCAAAAGAAAAAGGAAAGAAAACAAAUUGCACAUUCAGUUACAAUUUGCCGCGUCUUGCGAUUCCAAAGAGUAACCUUUUUACUCGAAGAUCGUCUACAAAUAGGCAAGUUCAUUGGUAGACUAAGUUAACAUACGUUUCCCUUUGAUUAACAGAAUAGCGUCAUAAAGAUCGUGCGAGAGAAGUAUUUAAACACCACAGCUUUUACAGACAAGGAAAAACUACAAGCAUUCCUCAGCGAGUUGUAUGUGUUUUUAAUUGACCAGAUGCACGUGGCUCUGAACAAGGUAAUGUUUACAUCAUUUGUCAAUGGAAUGUUAUACUCUAUAUUUUAGGCUAAUAAACUGUUAUAACAGAACAUAGAAUUGUGAAGUCUCUUACUCGAGCUGAGUGUUUCUCAGCACUUACAACCGAGUUCCCAAGCCAAUCAUGUCUUAGCAAAGAACAUCAUGUUAUGAUCUUGGGUAUCCAGAGCUCAAACCAGGAGGCUUCAAUCUCUUGCUCAGUGCAUCCACCACUAAGCUACCGCACCUUCGCAUGCAACUUACCAUGUUGCAUGAGAAUUUAGCGGUUUUAUUUUGUGGAUUAGCGACUUUUUGCGGUUUGAGGGGUCUGAAAGUUUUGUUGGUGGACUAAUUUUUGCGAUUUUCAAUUCAAGCUACAACAAAUUUGAAGGAAAGAAAACGCAGUAUUUAAACUUUUACUACUUUUUGAGUUACAAUGCACUCUAAAGACAUGUCAAAGAACUUACUCAAUGACAGAAUUAAACAAAAAAAUUCCCUUCCCCAAUCCCCGACAUGAACAGCAAGAGGGUGUUUCAAUACUGCGUCAUGUAACCAAAAAUAUAUCCCUGUUUAUACCGAGCUGGUAUCACAAGUUUAUUGAUAGGUUUAUAAAUGUGUCAUACCCUAACGGUAUAUGCGUUUAUUUUGCGUAGUCUGAGACUGUUCCAGUCAUCUUACAUCGUUUCCUUGUUUCAAUUUGUAGUUCCUCACAGCAGAAGAAGCCCCAGAGGAACCACCGCCCGUCACUGACUCCGCCACUCUGAAACACUUCGCGAGAGAGGCUGAGGUACGCUGAAACUCUGAAGUGUGGUGUGAUAGUUUAUCAUGUCACGCUGUAUUCGAAAAAUAACCUGUUUUGUCUGUUUUGUUUCAAUGUGCUUCCUAAGAUGUCAUUAUUGACGAAUGCUUUUCUUCUUAUCAAAAGGUGAACCAGAACUUUGAACUAGCAGCGAAAUAUUAUCAAGAGGUAAUAAAAAUCUAAAAUAGACAAUUUAAAGAUUUUAUUCAUUUACUAGCGUUCCAGCAGUAUAACAGAGAAGCAAGUAGAUCUGCCUAGAUGUGACCACUGGAUACCCCCUUCUAACCUUUCCACAAAUGUCACUGUGCCCUAAUAGGCCAUUUCCGAAUUACAUUUGGCCUCAUUUUCAAAGCGAGUACUGGUGCUCAUUCCUUCAUCUGAUUAUAAGUUUGCAUUCACAUGCAAAUUAAACUCGUUUCCAGACGAGUGGUUGAGCACCAGUCCUCGUUUUGAGAAAAAGGCAAAAGGUAAUUAAGAAAUGGCCCAUUCACAUGUAAUCCUCUACGGAUUUGUUCAAAUUGGUUAACUCCGGGAAACAACAGAACGACUUUAAUUGUGUAAACCUCAAAAUGCUGAAACAUUCAAAAGCAAAAGUUUUGAUCUCCAAAGUUUCUCACCGGAGCCUGGACCUGCGCGGAGUGGAAAAAGAGGCUCUUCAGGUGUUCAAACCUCCUUGCCCGCCUGCUCACUAUUCUGAAUUGCUCAUUUGUUUAAUUUGUUCCCGAAAUCAUUUCUUAUUUAACUUUUUUUCCUCUUUUAUCAGCGUUUGUCUCGUAACAAGAAUGAUCCUGAUCACUGGUUUGAUUAUGGAGCGUUUUGCUUGCUCAUUGGCGACUUUGGGAAGGUACGAAUUCUAACAAUGGUUAUAUUCGGGCGUCAAGUUUUGUCAUGGCUCUUGAAUCAUGACGAAUCGAGGCCUUUUCCAGAAACAAGAAAAUCCUGAAGCUGAGAAAAAAAAUCAUACAAAGAAUUUUCCGAGACCGUCAUCAAAAACUGUUGAAUGGGAUUUCCUAUAACAUUAGCAUAAUAAGAUCGAUGGCUGCAAACUUCAAUCAUUCAAACUUCAAUCGUUUGGUCAACACGUGUGUUAGAAUCAUGCGACUGGAAAGAGGGAAAGUUGAUUUUUCCAACGUUUUGGAUAUAAUCAGUCAGACCCCUGGAAAAUUGUUUUAGGGUUAGGGCAAAUAUUGCAAAGGAAUUACUAAAGUGAUGUGUCUCUUUCUGUAGGCUGAGGAGUGUUUCAAGGAGACAGUAGCUAUUGCGCAGAAACACGUACCAGGGUGAGUCGGAUAUCAUUUUUCUUUACUGACCCUGAGUGUGCCAGGGAUGUUUAGCCGCCCCAGUCCUCUCUCUACUGAUCUAGCUUUCUCUUCACAGUCUUCUGAUGCAUGGCUGCAUGUCUCUGAUGAAUGAGAAGUACGAAGAAGCCGAGACUUUCCUUGAAGCGGCAACAUGUGCUGAGAGCAAGAACGUCAUUGCAUGGACCAUGCUGGGUAAAUAUGUCAUUAUUUUAAGGAGCUCUCUUGUAAACUUUAAAUCAUUUGAGAAAAGGAAAGAAUUGUCUUUCUGUAAGCUAGAAUAAAAGCGAAAAAAGGAAGAAUUAAAGACCAGCAGGUACUUACUAGUUUGACAUUUUUGCACGACAGCGAGACUGUAUCUUCAUUCAUGUUACAGGUUUGUACUAUGACAGCAUUCAAAACGACAUCGGAGCUGAGCGUGCGUUUCUAGAAGCCAACCGCUUAAAUGCGGCAACGUCGUCUUCUUCUGAACUGAUAGCCCCAGUAGAUGGACCGGGCGAGGUUGAAGAUUCUGUUUCGGAGACUAUUGCCGACGAACCUGCUGGAGAAGGGGCUCCUGGAACUGCUGUGUCUGAGGACCAGAAACUGCCUGAGGUCCAUGGUAUGUUUGAGGGUCUUUUUGUUUUGUUGUUUGUUUGCUAUUGCUCCUUUUUUUGUUUUAUUAUGUUUUCCAUUUUUCCUUUGCUUUAUUUAAGAAAUAGAGCAUUCAAUCGCGAAAUAUUUAAUAUUGCGUAGACUUAGCGUAAAGCUAAAAAACGUAAACCAUGGUUAAGAAGCGACAAAUGCUUUAUCUCAUAAGACAGCAAAAUCCUAGAACUCUCAACAGCUCGAAUAGCUUAGGGAAGGUUUUUCAAAACAAGUCGAUCAUUAAACAAGAUGAUAAACAGCCUCCACUGGCCAGAAUUUUGGUCCAGUAAAUGACAAACUUGCAGACUGUUUUGCAUCUCUAACAUCUAAAUAUCUAAAUCUAACAUUCGAUUAACUAUUGUCCACGGCUCUCUCCAAGGUUAACGUCAAGAACACACAAGCAACGCCGUAUCACCAAAUAUGUGGCGGUUUAAACUUCUCUCUCACUCGGCAAUAACAUGCGGGAAGAAUAGGCCAGCGGUUGAUAGGUUGCGCAUGCGUAAGGGAUGACUAUCGGUUGGUUUGAACUUAGGUCUGUAACUCACGGAAUACAACUUGGAUCUGAAAGCCUAAAAAUACACCCUCGCUUUUACGAUGUCAGCACACGCAGGCGUUUGAGCUCUCUGUUGACCUAUUACUUCUUCCUGCUUGUCAUUGUCACGUGAACAAGAAGUAUAAAUAUCGUUACCUCCUUUUUUGAAGUGAUUCGGCGAUGUGCAUAAUGAUAGGCCCGCAAUGCGUGAAUGAUAGCUUCAAGAAGGUCCAAGAAUAGAAUAAGUGACAACAACUGUCUAAGAAGAGACAAGUGACAACAACUUUUUUCCAACAGCGACCGAAAUUAAAAAUUUAUCAGCUUACUACACGGAAUGUGAAAAGUGUAUAUAAAAGGAAAGUUAUAUUUGUUUUUCUUUAGUUGAUGAUGUACUACGUGAGGAGCCUGGGUCAGCGAGUGGAGAAACCAUCGCCCAACCUUCCGCCCCGCCAACUGCAGCCCUCCCCCAUCUGUAGUAAUCAGUUCUGCAACGCCUGUUGGGAAGCUUGGAGUGAAACCUCAGACCCAGUCUACGACACAAAUGACAUCCAAACAGAGCUCGCGUGUUCCAAGUCCUGCCGGCUCAAACCGCCAAUCACCUCCUCCGACGGAAACUGACCCUGUAGCGCCUGCAGAGGAGAAGUCAGCGGAGGUCAAGCCGAAUGAUAGUAUUUUCUUACAAGUGGCUGCUUUCUUGCUGGAAGUAAAUGCUCUACAGGUAGUGUUUUGGUGGUUUUUCUAAGCGGUAGUGAUAAUGUUUUUGCGUUGCUGUUGUCAAAUGUUUGCUCUACAACCCGGUCUGAAAUGUUGGACACACUGGUCACCAAUGGGACUGAGAAUUAAUUGUUCCUCACUAUAAUUCUAAUGCUGGUCCCCUGAAGGCAACUAUUUUGAACUCUUGUGGAUGUUCUUCUCGUAAAUCAGCAAUCAACACCCAAGAAGGAAACAAAUGUUAUCUUUUGCUGCGGUCAUCUGAACUUAGCCGGUGAUCGUUCAAGCGUUUUAAUGUGUUUUAUGCAAUGAAACGUCUCUAGAUUUUUUUUUUUCAGUUCGAAGUGAACCAAAAGAAGGAAGAUAAGAAUCAGAAUUUAUUGGUGACGAAAAUGAUUAUUCCCUUUGGCGAUUAAAGCUAAAUUUGUCUAAAUUCCUCUAGGUGCUCGUAUAGAUAAACUUAACUUCGGACUAUGGACAUGCAGCCUUGUUACCUAACACACCAAAUGUAGCGACCUUUUUUAUCGCGGUUUUCUUUCGAUCCCACUCUGGGUAUUUUGUUGGUUGGAAUUUAAAAUCCUUUCGUAAUAGAAGCAGUAGGCUCGUGAAUAGUGAAGUUCUACGCUUAUGCCCUGGCUGGGACCAACACACUGGGGAAAAACACACUGUUAGUUUCUUUACCCAACCACUCCCCGUUGUUUCAAUGAACGUUUGUAUUUUUGUUACUGGGUACCAGCUGACGGACGCGGCAUUGGCGCACGAGUUGGUGGCAGCCAACGGAGAGCCUGGAGCGAGAUACUAUGUGCUUCUUGGGAGGCUGAAGAUACAACAGAGAUCUUUCAUCGGGGCUGAGGAGAAUCUUAAACAAGCUGUCAUGUUGAAGCAUCAGGUGAUUUGCGUUAGGGGCUUUGUUGGAGUUAGUUUCAAUACAUUUGUGUGAUUUGCUUUUAGUUUCCAACUUGGUAGAACAACAGCAUGUGUGUUCUCUUCUCUUAGAUUUUAUCCCUGGAAUUUUUCGAGAAAUCUUUGAGAGUUUGAUUUUGUUAACUUUUCGAGUUUGCAUCCCCCAUUUGUCUCCCUCGCCGCAGCCGUCUUGCAAUAAGUCAAACUGAAAAAAAAAAAAAAAAAAACAAAAACGAAAACGAAAACAAAAAAAGCGUCGGGUAACUUUUGUUAAAAAAAUUCUAACGGCUGUGAAAUAGACUAUUGAUGUUUUGGCCCAUUGAGCUGAAAACUUCUUGCUUUACAGAAAGAUUUACUAUAAGCAUGAAAAAUGUAAACGUGCCUGCGACUUAGAAACUACAAUGCGGACAGUGUGUGAAAAUGAAAACCCUCUGGAAUAGGGAGGCAUGUUGUCUUAUUGAGUGUGAUUGAAAUUUACGCAGUACCAAACGCUGAAGUUUGUCUCUUUAUUCGAUAUCAGAACCCAGAUGCUUGGGGCUUGAUGGGACACCUCUAUUAUUUGACAAGCCGCACUGAGGAAGCUCAGGACUGCUAUGAGAGAACACUGGCCUAUACAACCGAAGCCUCAGACAUGCACGCCAUCUAUUUGAGACUUGCCUCGAUUUACUUGGAGAAAGGAGAGGUUGGUGCAACGUUACACUAUCUAAGUUUUUAGUUGAAAAGCUUUCGAUUCACCGCUUGUAUCCCAUUCUUUUGUCCACUUUCUAUGGUUAGCAUCUAGAAGGUUUCACUAUUCUUCUAUGUUUUAUGUUUGACGUUUAAUGUUUGACAUUUGACGUUAACGUCUGACGUUUGGAGUUCGACGUUUAAUAUUUGACGUUCAACUUUGACGUGUAACUUUUAACAUUUUGACGUGUGACACUUCAUGGUUGACAUCUAAUGUUUGACUGGGACGUUAAAAUUUUGACAUUUUACCUUGUUGGUUGUCUCCUCUCUUCAAAUUCAGUUUGAUAAAGCGAAGACAACCUUCUUGAAAGCCUGCAUUCGCUCGCCUUCCUGUGUUUCGUGGCUUGGAGUUGGAAUUGCGUGUUACAGGGUAAAUACUGUAAACAACUUUACUGAGAUACCACUCUGUGUUUAUUAAAAAUUCCCCUCUACUCUUCUGUACCCGCGCAUGUAUCAUUUUGCACAAGUUAUUAAAUUGACUUACUACGAGAAAAGGUUUUAUUGGUAUCACACGAUUGUAGAAGAGAUUAAGCUUGAAUCUUUGAAUGACUUGCUUUGCAAAACUUAAACGUCAAGCGUUCUUUGCCCACAAGGAAUGAAACAAAUUAUUGCGAUGUUAUAAAUAUACCAUACUUUGUCAUAUUACUUUCAUUCGGAUUUGCGACUGCCGUACACCACGUAGACUGUAUGUGUUAAUCACUGACUUUUGGGAUCGUGGCCAGAAAUUUGACGUUGCGAAUUGGCGUUGGAAUUAGUGCUUUGAUCGAAAUCAUUUUAUCCUGACUUCCACCCUUGAUUUAUUUUAGCUGGAAGAUUUGGCCGAAGCCGAAGACGCUCUUUCUGAAGCAAAUAUAUUAAACAACAAAGACGCCGAAGUAUGGGCUUAUCUGUCCUUGGUGUGUUUACAGGUAACUUUAAAUCAAAUUCAUAUUUCUGUAAGAUUUUAGGAUUUGCAAAAGUAGAACGACUCUUUUUUUCUCGCUUUCCUUCCAGUUCUUCCGAGCAUGGUCUAAAGGCAAGCUAAGUUAUUGUGUAAUCCUUUGUUCGAGCUAGACACAGACUCUUGCGGAAGAGUGAAUACUUUACCCUGCGUAACAUUAUUCAGUAACACUAUUGUGUCGUCUAGUUUUCUGGCGCUAGUUUACUGGCGUGUUUCUAUACGUUUGUGCGCCACUUUAGAUCGCUUAAGAGCCUGGAAAGCAUUUUGAUUUAGGAAAAUCUUAUCCUCUGUCUAUAUUUUCUUGUAGACCGGUCGACAGCUGGAAGCCGAGCAGUCGUACAAGUACGCUCUGAAGGUAAAAAGCAAUUUAUCAACCGUCUUGCCGUUGUGUAAUCUGAAAGAAAGCUUCUUGGAUUAGGCUACUUCAGGCUGAUAAGCCUCCUUUUCUUUAAAGACCCCUUUUUAAAUGUUUUCUUCCCUUUUAAAAGCCACCUCAUUGAACUCCCUCCCACUCUUGAAGAAGCCUUUUUUCUGGAAAUCCUGGACAUCAACGCCUACUGACAAUUUAAUCCCCACAAUUAUCUAAUUUCUCCCCACGGUAUCACCCAUGUAUGAAACAUUUAGGUCAUAAAAACAAAAGGAAUGGGCACCGAGCUAAGCAGAAUAUGCUUACUGACGUUACGGUAGAAAGGGCUAGCCUCGAGACCUGACAAACGAAGUUGAACACUUUCGUAGGAUUUUAAUGUAUUUUGUACAACUUUACAGCUUCGACAUCAAUCCCCCAUUUAGAGCUAAAUGAUUCUCUAAGUUAGGGAGAAAAUAUGUAUGGUUGAUCUUUCCUCUUUUUCUAUUUGCAGUUAAAUCUACAAGACAAAAACCUGCUAGGAGAAAUUCAUCAAUUGCAACAAAAAGUCGGCUUUGGAAAUCCGAUGGUGGCCUAGAAUUUUUUUUCAGUGCAGUUAGUUUGUUCCAUUUUUUGUACCAUUGACAUCUCCAUCGAAUGUUCUUUUCAAAAAAAAUAGUGGAAUGCGCAUAGCUUGUUGUUUUUAUGUACACACUUCCUUGUUUUGUUUGGCCUUUAUUUAUUUGUUUGUUUGUUUUUUAUGAUUAUUGUAAAAUGGAGCGAGAGAUGUUAUGAUUUGUAAUCUCUCUUUUUCCAGAGUAAGCGGAUUUGUACAGUUAACUCUGCGCUCUUUGCGCCAUUCUAAACGGUAACUUUUUAAAGUCGUGGAUGUGUCCUCCCAGCCUCGUGCAUGUGUGGUGUAUUUUAAGGGAUGUCAUUUAUUAAUAUCGUGUUAGAUCUCAAAUCUCGACUUGAAAGUGCUGUAAAAAUCCGUCUGAAACGUCUUCAAAAUAUGAAUGUAUGUGCUCAGUUCCAUUUUAUUUUUGUAUGAAGAUUUACUUCAAAACUAGAAUUCUGAGUGAGGAUUUUGAAGGCAGUUUAUUCUCCAUAGGCGUUUAUAACAUAGCGCGUAAAUUUGUCUAAUCAAAUUCAAUUGCCCGAGCGUGCUUCAUAUUCCUAUUGUGCACGCUCGUGACGUCAGCAAACAAAUCCCUCGCGAAAAAAAAUUUUCCAUCGGGUUAAAAAUGUUAUAAAAUAAUUGGUUCAUACAUCAGCUGUGCGAUCAUCGAGAUAUGAAGCACUUGGGAAGUUUGGAGAGCACUCAAGAAGCUAGAGUUGCUCUCGGCUACACCUCGAGCGACUCUUACGCAUCUUUCGUGCUCUCCAAACUUCCCGCGUGCUUCAUAUCUCGAUGAACGCACGCUGAGGUAGGAACCAACUGUUAAUUAACGCGAAAGGAUAGUGGAAGUAUUUACAUCAGAAAUAC